AUGUAUUCCACAGAAAUCGGUGAUCAUGUCCUGCUUAGAAACGAACAGAAGUAUGGUCUCGAGUACAACUGGAUUGGUCCUUUUAUUGUCAUUGGUAAAAACUCGGAAACGCAUGUUUACAGAUUGGAAACUGUUGGUGGCGAACCUUACUCUUCUUGGGUGCAUGUUGAUCGCUUAAAAGGUGUUAAGGCUGAAUCCAUUGAUACUCCUUGGUACAACCCCACUGUGUCUCGUGCUGCUUGGCGUGAAGAAAUGGGCCUCAACUCUAGUAAUCAGGCUGUAUCUUGUACUUCUAGUUUCUCUGGUACUUCUGGCUCUGUCGAUCAAGUUGAUCAGAGUCGAUCAACAAUCUCGGGGGGGAAUGAUGUCGUGCCUAAAUUUAGGUUUAAACCAAAUUUGAAGAAAGCGACUAAAAGGCGCCAGCGUAUACUCGAAGGUUCUGGAAACUGA